AUGAAUGACGCCACGAUAGUGGUUGGAGCCGGAGUGCUAGGGCUCAGCAGCGCCAUCCAGCUCGCUCGCCAAGGCCACGCAGUGACCGUGAUCGCCCGCGAGCUCCCCGGCGACUUCGACAUCGAAUAUGCCUCGCCGUGGGCGGGUGCACACUUCCGUCCUACACCAGCCAACAAUGCCUCGGAAAGAUUCGAGCAGGAGCUCAUGCACGAAACCUACGAGGAGCUAAAAGCCAUGGCGGAAAGUCACCCGGACAGCAGCGUCCGAUUCGUGCGGGCGGUGGAAUAUUUCGACGCAGCGAGUCCGGCCUACUCCGAUGAGACGCUGGUGAAGCAGAACGGAUACGCAGACUGGCCCGACUUCCGGAUCCUGGAUCAGUCCGAGUUGCCAUCGGACCAUGAUGCGAUUCAGCUCGGCGUCACCUACACAGGCUGGGUGCUGAACUCGCCCGUGUACCUAACCUGGUUGCACCGUCAAGCGCAAGAGCUCGGUGUUCGCUUUAUCCGAGCGCGACUGACCGCGCUCGAGGAAGCGGUUUUUAUACACCGUGAGAACGAGAGCGCUCCCCGAACCAAUGUCCGCGCAGUCAUCAACGCCAGCGGCCGAGGCUUCCAUGACCCAGACUCGUUCCCAUCGCGGGGCCAGUUCAUCCUCGUCUCCAACCCUUGCAACGAGACCAUCAGUCACCACUGGGCCGACGGGUCUACAACCGUGAUCAUCCCGCGGCCGCUGGGUGGGGGAACAGUGAUCGGGGGCACGAAGGAGUCCAAUAAUUGGUCCCCCUCCAUCUCAAACGCUGCAACAGGAACGAUCCUGGCAAGAGCUGCCAAGCUCUACGCGCCGCUCGUCAGCGGUGCAUCAUCCAAUCAAGACGCCAGCGGGUUUGAUAUCAAGCAGGUUUAUAUCGGACGCCGUCCGAUGAGAAAAGGCGGGUUACGACUUGAAAAGCAGAUCCUGGACUUUCAGGAUACGGCGGAGGACGGGCUGAAGUCAGUGUCCAGAAGCAUCCCUGUGGUGCACUGCUAUGGAGCUGGGGCAAGUGGGUUCAAGAUUAGCUGGGGAGUGGCGAGGCGAGUGGCGCGCCUCGUGGCGGCGACGUAG